AUGGAGGCCAGACGACAGUGUCACCGCGUGUCGCCCCUGCUGCUGGUGCUGCUGGCGGUGGUGAUCACGGCCGGGCGCUGCGGCGCGCAGGUGCCGGUCCCGGCGAGGACGGACGGGUUCGUGUACGGUGGGCAGGCGUGGGCGCCGGCGUGGGGCGAGGCGGUGGUCGUCGAGGCCUUCUUCGACCCGCUCUGUCCCGACAGCCGCGACGCCUGGCCGCCGCUGCGGAGGGCCGCCGACCACUUCGGCGCCCGCCGCGUCGCCGUCGUCGUCCACCUCUUCCCGCUCCCUUACCACAGCAGCUCCUUCAUUGCUUGCCGGUCGAUCCACGCGGUGCACAAGCUAAAUGCGUCAGCUGCGUAUCCCCUGCUCGAAAAGUUCUUCAAAUACCAGGAGGGUUAUUACAACACGCCGACAUACACCAAAACAAGAGCGGCGGUGGUCGCCAAAAUAGCAAACAACCUUGUCGCCCCCGUCAUCGGCGAAGCCAAUUUGGCUGCAUACAGAGCGGGCUUCAACGACUCGCGGUCGGAUCAGGCCGCAAGGAUUUCCUUCAAGUUUGGUUGUGCACGAGGUGUCACCGGGACACCCUACUACUUUGUUAAUGGCAUACCACUCGUCGACCUUGAUUUUCCUCUGGACUAUGACAAGUGGGUAUCCACACUUGAUCCGCUGGUUGGCAAGAUGUAGGCAGCUUUCAUGCUGCAAAUAAAUAACUGGAAAUUGUAGAAAAUAUUAGCGAAAUAAGUGGUGGACAUAAAUAGGUUGAUUUUUUCAUGAUGUACAUGGAAAUAUGUGUUGAUUAUCACAAUAAUGUU